UAUGGAAGUGAAGCUAGAGAAUGUACUAGCUAGAUCUACCAUAGCGCCAUGAUCGGUCCUUCGUUCCGCCACACCGCAAGAAAACUUGUUUCUCCAUUCGAUAACAGCGGCAAAAGGCAGCUGCCACCUUCCGGCGCCAUCGAUGUCGCCAUGGCGUCGAGCUUGCAUUGCUAUGAAAGCAAAUCUUGCCCUCAGUUUGCUUUCUUGAGCAGGAGGAGCAACAGAUACUGUACCCAACUUUCGUUCAACUGCUGUGGUGGGCCUCCGGUAUAAUCUAGUACCUGCCGUACAUACCGUAGGAGUUCCUCAAGAGCUACAAAACGACAGGGAACUGUUCUUGUUGAUGCGGACUAGGAGGGUGCCACCAGCCAGACCGGUCGCGACCAGGAAGGAAUCAAUCACUCCUCCAAUCUAAACCUACCAGCCUCCCGUUGGUCCUCCCACCGAACCAGCCUCCGGGAGCGAGUUGCUUGACGCAUACCAGUACCGGUAGGAAGAAGGGUACAUACCGUACGGUACCGUACGGUACGAUAGUUGAAAUGCGGAGGUGGCUGUGAUUGAAGUGUAGCUUCUUAAAAGUGAGAGCAGGGAGCAGAGGCACCGGAGGACGCGAGCUCGGAAGACGACGCCCAGGGAGAUCCAUCAUCUCGAUGAGCCCUGAUGCGACGAGGAGCAGCAACAACUCGAAACAGACCUUCUAAUAAAGGGGAGAGAGCGAUUGCUUGGAGUAAAGCUGCUAGCUAUAGCUAGAAGUCAGAAGGUUGGGAUGUAGCAAUCUGUGUGCAACACACUAGCAUUCUACCAUAGUGUUGGCUUAUGAGCGUCAAUCUGGUCCACCGGGAUCGAUACUACAGUACAACAAUGAAACACGGCAAGCAAGGAACUCAAUACAGCUCCAACCACUCAUGCAUCAUGCCGUAAUUCUACAACGCAACGGCUCGGCCAUUUUUCUUUAUAGAGGAGCGACAUUCUUCAUCGAUCGAUCCACACCUCUGAAACUGAUUGGUCCGGUCAAGACAAUGGCCCUGGCGGACGAAGACCGAUCAAGGAAUUCACUUAUUUUGGCUUGCAUUGGAUGUAGCGCGGUCGAGGCUGUCGAAGGCUACGGAUCGGACUUCUGCGGUAGCUGGUUGCCAGAUCUUGUACCACUGGAAGUGACUUUGAGGUUGCGUGCACGUGAGAGCUGGAUUUGACUGCUGCUGGGAUGCAUCUUUUGUUCCGAAACUGAUUCGAGCCAUACACACACCACAAACAAAAAAGACCAUCCUGCAUACAGACACAAAGACGAGUUUGAGAGACAUGGUGUCACUCGCUGUUGAUUUCCCCCCAACUGUAUCGAUGUUGCAACAGUCGUUGUCAUGGAACCGAACUGGCCUGGCAUGGCCCAGCUAUCUAUGAUAUCGCUUUGACAAGAAGAGCGAGGCAAGAAGAUACGAUGGCAAUGUAUCAAUGGACGAAAAUUUCGAUUGAGGCUUCAUGGGUACUGUAUGCGUAAGAUGCGACUGAGUACCUACUGGGUACAGUCACCGCACGGUCGCCCAAACGUGUUCCAAUUCACCUGAAAAUCUGAGUGCCAGGAAGAAGAUCCAAUAAUCUCCCGCUUCCAAAUUCCAUCCAGUUAUUCUAACUAAAGCAUCAUACGGAAGUGACCAUGAGCUUUUCAUCGACGGAUGCUGCCAGUGCCAUCAACAUGAGGGUCCUUCUUGUCGGCCCUCAGCGGUUGACAUCAUUAUUCUUGGAUGUUCUGGCCGCCCAAAAACUCCCUGCUCCAAGUGAGAAUGGAAUGGUGAGAAAGAUCAGUUUUUGUAGGAAGAAGGGGUCGCCUUCACCUCUCGACACGACAGAUGUCGCCAUGCAAGAGCAGCAGAAUGAAUCUGAUGAUGACGAUGAACCGUCAAUGAGCAAGCAAAGCGGCAGCGCUAUGAGCUGGUUUGGACUUGGACGCUUCCUUGGCGCAAAAAGCAGUCCAACAUCAGAACCGGAUCGCAAGAAGGCCAGAAUGGAUCCUACCAGCAAUCAGCCUCCGCCUGCGACAGCGCCAACAUCUAUCCAUACCAGUUUGGUACCGUCGUCUCUACCAAAAGUUACGGAGGAGAGAGAAACGAGCGUAGGGACGCUACCAUGCGCAGUUCUCCGAGUAGAAACAGACGAGCCCCUCAUGAGAAAUGGUGUGAGCUUGGUCUUUGAAGACAUCUCAAAUCUGGCUUCAUCAGAAGACAAGAACCAGUACAUUGCAAACAACUGGGAAGGCUGCUCCUGUUUCAUUGGCUUGGUCGACGCAAAGGACGGACACGACCAUCACGUUCAUGCAGAAACGUUUCGGUUUUUCCAAGAGCAAAGGCAAGAGAAACCAGAUUUUCCGGUGAUCUUGAUUUGUGACACAGACAGCGCAGAUGAUGGUGGCCAUCUAAAAAGUCUCAUUCAGCAGAAAGCGCGUUUCGUAGGCGAUGUCUUCGGCGUGGACACCCUGCCGAAUCCUGGGCAACUACCUCGAACCGCACCAGUCCUCAUCACAACCUCACUCGUCCACGUGAAGUCUUUGAGAAUGGCCUCUCUCAUGACGUUGGAAGAUCUGAGCAAGCCGCAGUCAACACCACUUGUCCGUAGGCUUGGGGAAAAGUAUCUAGGCUUGGGAAAGUGGUCUCGUAUGUCCAAAGAGCAGAGAAUCGAGGAGGUUCAUCGCAUGCUGCAUGGUUCGGUAACAGUGAAGCAGCGGGAGGACUACAACACAUUAUUGAAUGAGCUACUUAGUAGGCUGUGCAAUGACGAUAUUGUGCUGAAGAAGAUGAAGCAGGAAGUGGCUUCAAUGUCGUUUGCACCGAUAUCUUUAAUGCGUGACAUGUCCUCGUUCAAGUGCCAAGUGGAAGGACUAUGUCUCAACAGCGACACUCAAAACAAGUUUGGGGGUAUUCUCAAAGAGGAAUGCCGAAGGCGUUUCAAGCAAGCGUUCCAGCUUGGAAUGGAGGAGUUUUGUGACACAGGCAAAGUCAGCCGUUUGUCCGCUUUGAUGGAAUCGUUGAAAGACUACCACGAGUUUUGUGCGAGGCAAGACGGCUGGAACAGCGAAUGCGACGCGGUCAAAGGCGCCGUGAACGAGCUCCUUGACGGCACGCUUCAAGUCGUCGUUGACCCGGUCAAAAGUGGAGAGUCAGAUUCCUUGAAGGUGGACUUACAAGACAUUACCUCCUUCUUGCGGGUCGUGCAAUCCAGCAGGGGCUUCCGCAGUUCUUUCGCGGAAAAGCUUCAAAAGCUGCAAGACAAAAAGCGUCGCUUGGAGAUUCGCGUCGGUAGCAGCCCACAAAAAUGCUCGGGUGCACCGGCAUCAACCAAAUGGGAAUGGGAGCUCUGCGUCAGAGAAAACUUCGGCCACCUUGCAUACCUUUAUUGCACCUUCAGAUGUCAAUCGAAGUGGCUCGAUGGUUACGUCCCGAAGAAAAGCGGGAUGAUUGAUAUGGCGGCGUUCCUGCAAACUCGCGUGUCCAAGAGAUCUGCAAGUGUAGAGUCGUCUAACACUUUGACAGCACAAUCAGACAAAGGUCACGAAGCAGGAACCGACAAACCGAUCGAUCCAGAAACCGGCUCUAGUGGUGCGAGCAAAAAGCGAUCGCGCGAGGACCCCAACAAAUACGAGACGUCGCCAUCUGAAACGGGCGCCAGAAGCAAUUCCCCCCUUGCUGACACGAAGAAAGCGCCUGGCACUCAGGCAGAUGCUACUACCAGGAGGAGGAGGAAAGAAAGGGGCCGCUCAAACGAAGAAAGUGAAGGAACGGCAAAAUUAGCUCCAACCAAUCACUCUCCAAAGCCCCAGUCGCAGGAUGUCCAUCCCUCGUGUGCUCAGGCCGGGUUUGCAGAUGCAACUUCUAGUGAAGCUAGAAUGCACCCCUCCAAAAUUGACGAAACAACGGAAGAGAACAAUGACAUUCAAGCUACAAAUUCGGCAGAGGGUACUCUAGGCUCAGAACGUCGACAGAGUGGACAAAGCAUUGAAGCAGCCAUUGAUUUGACCCAAGACGAUGAGCCAGGAGGAUGUGAAGAUUCUCAGGAAAAGAAACAUUCAACGAUUGUGCUUCAUCCCGUCCGUACAGCUGUGGAGACUAAACCGACAGUCGAGAAGAGACUUACCAAGUGGGUUCCGCAGGCGCUGGUGGAUGACGAGCCACCAGAAUGUGUGAAGAUGCGAGACUUAACUCUUACAAUGAAAUGGCUCGUAUGCAAAGACGAACUAAAGGAGCAGAGAGAAUGCGACCAAGGGAGGGCAGCCCCAGCCCCAGCCGCGACAAGUAAUCUGAAAUAUGGAGAAGUCGAGCAAGGAGGCGUUGUCUUUGGCUGCCCUCACCAGUGUCCGUACGUUAAGGCGCCCGGAAAGGCGUUGAUGAAGUUGAACUGCAUGGACAAAUUCGAGACGGUGGACACUCUGAUUACGAGUACAGGUGUGACCUGCAAAGUGGUAAAGACAGAUCAAACGAUUUGCAAUGGCAAUGGCCAGUUUGCUGGGCUUUCCCAAAAUGCCAGCUGGAUGUCAUACAGACGGCAUUUUUACUAUCAUGGGCUCCAAGAGUUUAAAGCUGCAGUCAAGACAACCCUUGAAGGCAAGAAGCGUUACACCCCGGGCCAAAUAGAGUUCGUCCUCGAUGUUGCUGAGGACGUCCGCUGGGCUGACCUCCCCAAGGACCUGAGGGAUGUCAUUAUGCCCAAACUUUUACAUAUUUCAACAAAAAAGGAGCAUCAAACUGUGGUGAAGAAGAAAAAACUCUAAGUCCAUUUACAGAUCCAGACGAGAUUUGCUUGCGGACCCAACCUCGCAACGCUUCAGCGCGUGUGCCUGUAUCAGCUGGUGAAGCCGCGGUCAAAAAGAUAUAUACGGGGCAAUUCGAAAACUACCUUGGUCGUUCCAACCUUCGAACCUGGCGUGGCCUCAGCGCGUAAUAGUCCUAAGACGACAGCUGCAUCGACCAGGAGUCCCAGCACUUCCGGUGGCACCUCACAGCCUCGCAACUCUUCCAGCGAUACCGCCUCAGCGGCCGGGGAAAUGGAGCCAGCUCCAUCGACCCGUAGCCACAACACUUCAAGUGGUGCAAAACGCAAGACUCUAAAAUAUUGAUGCAUCAUCAAGGGGCUUUGGAUUGGACAUCGUUUGAGAAAGACUGCGUCCAGGGAGAUGAACCCCCAUUUGAGUUUGCGAUGCGAAGGUUUAGCGCUGCAAUCGAGUUCGUCAAAAGUGGUGAUUGUUUUACCGUGUUGCAUGAGCAGGUUGGCCAGAUGACUGUAGAAAGGAAGAAAUGGAUGCUUUUUGACAAAGCCAGGGAAGUGCACAACAAGUCAUUGGCAGAGGAAGUAAAAUCCUUUCACGAACAACAGAAUCAUGGAUCCACGGAUUGGGAAGGCAUGCUGUGUGGCUACCAGGAAAUCGAGGCGAGAUUUCGGUGCCACGAGACAGAUUUAUCAGAUGAUACCAAACGAUCCUCCAAAGAAACGACGAGGGAAGGCUGGAAGAAAAAAGUCCUGCAGCGGAUUCAAUUUCACAAGGACAACGUUUCGAGGGCACACAGCAACAACGAACCACGUUGGAUACGUUAUCUUCAGACAAAACCAGGAAAGCUCUUCCACGUGAUUGAAGAUGUUUUCAGAGGAACCUUGUACGAGAAAAGCCUUGUGUACGAACCUGACCGUUGCUAGGAACCCCUUUCGCCCAGGCUAACUGGCCUCGAUCGCUGAUCGCUACCGGCACGUCUGGAAAGUCGCUACGCAUAGUAAGCAGCAGGUGAGGUGAACGCAGGAGGAAAUGCGUUAGUCAAGUAAGAUCAAU